CAGAUGCUCUUAAUUUAAGGGAGGGACAUCAUACAUGAAGUUGCUCUGCAACCGUUCCUUUGGUCUCUCUGCCACUCGCCUCUCGUCUCCUUGGAGCUGUGGUAGUAAUUCCGACUGCCUCAGCUUUUGGAGCCAGCAGCAAAGCCCCUUCUCUCUCCCUGCUUGGUGGUGGUAACAACCGAAACACACCGAUCACUUGCCAGAUUCUGAUGCCAAGCGACGGUGACGGCGACGCCCCAGCAGCGGAGACGGCGCCGUCGUCGGUUCUGCCGUGGGGCGACUGCCCGACGCUGUACCUCUCCUACGGCAUCGCCUCUCUCCAGGGCAGGCUCCCGGAGCUGACGGACGCCCUUGCCGCCGUGCCGUCCUUCACGACGCUGUCGCCGCCCCUCGGCCUCGACUACUUCGGUGUCUUCGACGGCCACUUCGGCGCGGCCGUCGCCAACCGCCUGUCGGAGCGGCUGCACGGCGCCAUUUCGGAGCAGAUCGAGAGCGAGCUGUCCGCCCUGUUCCCGCGGUUCCUCCACGGGUCGCGGGGGGACGUCGAGGGAUGGUGGAGGGAGGCCAUCGCGGACGCGUUCCUGGCCGUCGACGAGGAGGUGCUCAUGCGCGGAUCGGCCACGGGCACGGCGGCUGCCGGCGCCACGGCUCUCGUGGCGCUGGUCCUGAAGGACUACCUCGUGCUCGCCAACUGUGGCGUUUCCAGGGCCGUCAUCUCCCGCGGCGGCGAGGCCGUGCAGCUCACCGCCGAGCACCGGUACACACAUGUUGUGUCGCGUGAGCAGCCCAAUAGGCCGGAUGAGAAGCAGCGUGUGGAAAACGCCGGAGGCCGCGUGGACGAAUCAACCAACACCGUGGACGGCGUUCUGCCAACCUCCCGCGCGUUCGGGAGCUCUGCGUACAAGCAGUACGUGACGGCGGAGCCGGAGGUGAGGGCGGUGGCCCGCGACCCGCGCGACGAGUUCCUGAUCCUGGCCACGGCGGGGCUGUGGGACCACGUGUCGCCGGCGGCGGCGUGCCGCCUGGUGGAGCGGAAGCUGCGCAGCAGGGUGCGGGUCACGACGCCGUGGGUGGCCUCGCUGGGCGGGAGGGGCUCCCCGACGGCGCUGGCCAAGGAGCUGGCGGAGCACGCGGUGCGCGCGGGCAGCCCGGACAACGUGAGCGUCGUCCUCGUCCUCUUCAGGGACUUCUGGGAUGAUCCCGUCGCCGCCCCUGCUGCUCCGGUGGUGUCGGCCAGCGGGCGGGUCAUGCGCCCACGGCGGGCCAGCGCCAAGUACAGGCCGAACCAGUGGUUCACCUGACAGGGUCGAGUCUUUGAAUAUAGCCGUACUGUUCAUGCUCAGUGUCGUCGGAGUUGUAAGCUGGAGAGACCACAAUUCUCCAUCAAUCGUUGCUUUAAUUUCCCAAGUAACUGGAUUUGUAUGUGUUAACUAAGGCUACUACGUCAGUACUGCUACCGACACAUCACGUACUGACUAAGGAUUCGAUCGAGAGGUUUUUGGAUUAACUCCAACAAUCUUCCUCUAAUCCAAACUUAACUUUGUGCUUUC